UCUUGCAAGCCUUCUAUUACCAAUCAGGUGGUUGGAUUAUAUGACCGCUGCUGCGGUCUGCGGCGUCAGCUGGCUUGGGUUGAUCAGGCUGCCAAGCGCCUGGUCGAAGAAACAGAAUCUGACUCAUCACAGAGUCAGCAAUGGAAGCGCCGACAAACUGAGGUGAAUGGAUCAUUACUCUAUUGA